AUGUUCAUACAUCAGCCUUUCUACAGCAGCGGCAGCAGCAGCAGGAAGACAUGGCCGACUGGAUCUGACUGCAACACUCACUUUGAGCUGAGAAAUCACAGCCCUCACAAAGGACCGUGGGUGGCAGCAGCAGCAGAAGCAACCUCCAGGCCACUCUGCGGCCUUCACGAACCCACAGUCUCCAGGAAUGGCACCAGGUCACCGAGCCGAGGCUCGCGGGAAGAGCGCAACAACCACCCCAUCCUCAGUGUCUUUGAGCUUGAAAGGUUGCUGUACACAGGAAAGACAGCCUGUAACCAUGCUGAUGAGGUCUGGCCAGGACUCUACCUGGGAGAUCAAGAUAUAGCGGCCAACCGGCGUGAGCUGGCUCACCUGCGCAUCACCCACAUCCUCAACGCCUCGCACAGCAAGUGGAGGGGGGGUGCUGAGUACUACGAGGGCACAGGAAUUCGCUACCUGGGCAUCGAGGCCCAUGACUCGCCUUCCUUUGACAUGAGCCCCUACUUUUAUCCUGCAGCUGACUUCAUCCACCAAGCGCUGAAUGAAGGAAGGAUCCUUGUGCACUGUGCUGUCGGGGUGAGCAGGUCGGCCACCUUGGUCCUCGCCUACCUCAUGAUCCGCCACCACAUGCCCCUUGUAGAAGCCAUAAAGACGGUCAAGGACCACCGUGGUAUCAUCCCCAACCGGGGUUUCUUGCGCCAGCUGGUCGCCCUGGACAAUGCCCUGAGGUUGAAGAGGAGUGCGUGAAGGAGGACAAGAGGGGUUGUGCGGUGGGAGCAUUGUGUGUGCAGUGCUUACCUGACCCCGAUGCCCACUGAGUGGCAGAGAUAGGGCUUUCCUCACGGUGCAGACGCUUGGCAGCUAAUGGGUUACAUGCAACUGGCCCCUGGGCCUCCCCCUCAGACAAGGGGGUCCCCAGACAUGUGAGCUAUACCUAGUGGUAAAAUAUAGGCCCUCAACCUGCAAUCUUGCCACCUAGGUAGGCCUAAUGUAUAGCCUCCUUCCCAGCCUGCUCGCUCCAAGAUGCCUCCAGAGGAACUCAGCCCCACGUUUCAGGUUACUCUAUCCCUUUGGCUCCAAGAAGCCUUCAAGGCUUCAUUCUCCCACAUGGCAGAUGUGUUUGCAAAGCCAGUCCCGUCCCUCCCUCCCAGGAGACUGAAGCUCUGUGUGUUGCUUGUCUUGUUUCCCAUUUGUUUUUGGUC